AGCGCAGAAGGGAGGACCCUAGGGAACUGAACCACUGCCUCUGGUCGCCCAGCCCUGUUUUGGCUUGGGCACAUGGAGGGGACUGUGGAGUCCCAGACGCCUGAUUUGCGAGACGUGGAGGGCAAGGUGGGCAGGAAGACCCCCGAAGGGCUGCUCCGCGGGCUUCGAGGCGAUUGGGAGCUGGGAACCUCUGGGGACCUGCUGCUCCCGGCGGCACCCAGCACCGGCCACGGUCUGGGGGACAAGAUCAUGGCGCUGAGGAUGGAGCUGAGGAGGAGCUUAGCUCCCAGCCAGUUGGCCAGGAGGAAACCAGAAGGCAGAUCAUCUGAUGAUGAAGACUGGCAACCUGGGACUGCAACUCCUAAGAAAAGAAAAUCCAGUGAUGAGACCCAGUGUUUCCUGUCUCCUUUUCGGAAACCUUUGACUCAGUUAAUCAACCGACCACCCUGUCUGGAUAGCAGUCAACAUGAAGCAUUUAUUCGAAGCAUUUUGUCAAAGCCUUUCAAGGUCCCUAUCCCAAAUUAUCAAGGUCCUCUGGGAUCUCGAGCAUUGGGCCUGAAAAGGGCUGGUGUUCGUCGUGCCCUCCAUGACCCUCUGGAAGAAGGUGCCUUGGUUCUGUAUGAGCCUCCCCCACUAAGUGCCCAUGAUCAGCUGAAGCUUGACAAGGAGAAACUCCCUGUCCACGUGGUUGUUGAUCCUAUUCUGAGUAAGGUGUUGCGGCCUCAUCAGAGAGAGGGAGUGAAGUUCCUAUGGGAGUGUGUCACCAGUCGUCGAAUCCCUGGAAGCCAUGGCUGUAUCAUGGCUGAUGAGAUGGGCCUGGGAAAGACACUACAAUGCAUCACAUUGAUGUGGACACUUUUACGCCAGAGCCCAGAGUGCAAGCCAGAAAUUGAGAAAGCAGUGGUAGUGUCACCGUCCAGCUUGGUGAAGAACUGGUACAGUGAGGUUGGGAAAUGGCUUGGAGGGAGGAUCCAACCUCUGGCCAUCGAUGGAGGCUCUAAGGACGAGAUAGACCGGAAACUGGAAGGAUUCAUGAACCAGCGUGGAGCAAGAGUACCUUCUCCUAUUCUCAUCAUUUCCUAUGAGACUUUCCGCCUUCACGUUGAAGUCCUUAAAAAAGGAAAUGUUGGACUGGUCAUAUGUGAUGAGGGACACAGGCUUAAGAACUCUGAGAAUCAGACUUACCAGGCCCUGGACAGCUUGAAUACCAGUCGUCGGGUGCUCAUCUCCGGGACCCCCAUCCAAAAUGACUUGCUUGAAUAUUUCAGCUUGGUGCACUUUGUUAAUUCAGGCAUUUUGGGAACUGCCCAGGAGUUCAAAAAGCAUUUUGAGUUGCCAAUUUUGAGGAGUCGAGAUGCAGCUGCCAGUGAGGCAGACAGGCAGCUAGGGGAGGAACGUCUCCGGGAGCUCAUCAGUAUUGUGAAUAGAUGCCUGAUACGGAGAACAUCAGAUAUCCUCUCUAAAUAUCUGCCAGUGAAGAUUGAGCAGGUGGUUUGUUGCAGGCUGACACCCCUUCAAACUGAGUUAUAUAAGAGAUUUCUGAGACAGGCUAAGCCUGAAGAAGAAUUGCGUGAAGGCAAGAUGAGUGUGUCUUCCUUGUCUUCUAUCACCUCUCUAAAGAAGCUGUGUAACCAUCCAGCUCUAAUCUAUGACAAGUGUGUGACAGGGGAGGAUGGCUUUGAGGGCUCUUUGGAUAUCUUCCCACCUGGUUAUACUUCUAAAGCUGUAGAACCACAGCUGUCAGGUAAGAUGCUGGUCCUUGAUUAUAUUCUGGCCAUGACUCGAAGCAGCAGCAAUGACAAAGUUGUGUUGGUGUCCAAUUAUACUCAGACGUUGGAUCUCUUUGAAAAGCUGUGCCGAGCUCGAAGGUACUUGUAUGUUCGACUAGAUGGUACAAUGUCCAUUAAGAAGCGAGCCAAGGUUGUGGAGCGCUUCAAUAGUCCAUCGAGUCCUGAUUUUGUCUUCAUGCUGAGCAGCAAAGCUGGGGGCUGUGGUCUUAAUCUCAUUGGUGCUAACCGGCUGGUCAUGUUUGAUCCUGACUGGAAUCCAGCCAAUGAUGAACAAGCUAUGGCCCGAGUCUGGCGUGAUGGUCAAAAAAAGACCUGCUAUAUUUACCGACUGCUAUCUGCUGGAACCAUAGAGGAGAAGAUCUUUCAGCGGCAGAGCCAUAAGAAAGCGCUGAGUAGCUGUGUGGUUGAUGAGGAGCAAGAUGUUGAGAGACAUUUUUCUCUUGGUGAGCUCAAAGAGCUCUUUACCCUGGAUGAAGCCAGCCUCAGUGAUACACAUGACAGGCUGCAUUGCCGCCGUUGUGUAAACAGACGCCAGGUCUGGCCACCCCCUGAUGGUUCUGACUGCACUUCAGAUCUGGCUCAGUGGAACCAUAGCACAGAUAAACGGGGACUCCAGGAUGAGGUACUUCAGGCAGCCUGGGAUGCUUCAUCUACAGCCAUCACCUUCGUCUUCCAUCAUCGUUCUCAUGAGGAGCAGCGGGGUCUCCACUGAUAACCAGCUGGUCUGGAUGUAGUAGUUAGAGGAAGGAUACAGGAAAAGAGGGUUCUCUGCCUCAUGGGGCUCUGCUCAGUUUUGUUCUCUGGGAGAAAAUCAUCAAGAAGGGCUACAUGAUGUUUGCCCAAAAUUUAUUUUAUAAGAAAAACUUUUUUGGUUUAAAAAAAAAGAAAAGAAAAAAAAGAAAUAAA